GAACCCUUGGAGACAGCCGUCCCCUCCCAGGGUUUCGGCAGUUCCCAUCAGGGGUGUGACUGCUGCCCAUCCCUCGGCCGAGCCUCCAGCCCCAAGCUCGGUCCCCUGCGCUCCCUCCUCCUGCUCGCGGGGCCAGCGCAAACCGCGCAGGUGGCCGCAUUCCUGUUUUGCUUUGGAUUUCCAUUCAUCUGCUGGGACUGAGGCGUGCUCGGCCGUGUUCGGGCGCUGCGGACUGCGGGGCUGGGAGCCGGGAUUGCCCAGCAGCUGCCUGAGAAGUCCCCGCUGCGAGCGGCGAGCCCCGGCAGCGCUGCGGAGCGCAGCUGCUGCAGCCGGUGGAACGAGGCUCCGACUGAGCAUGAUGUGACCGUGGAAGCACCAGUAAAACUGGCCCGAGGAAAAAAAAAAAUAUUUUGAUAAUUUUGUGACUUUGCAGUGUGAAACAGUCAAAGAUGAAUAAUUUCCAUACCCCAGCUACACUUUGUAAAGGAUGCACCAGCAGGACAUUGCCAGGGUCUGGCAGGACUGACCCACCCAGCGCUGUGCCAGAGGAGCAGAACACAGAGGAGUGGAGAGUGCUGAGCCUGGGCUGAGCACACCAUGGGGGCAAACACCUCCAGCAAGUCACCACCCUUUGAUGGGAAUGAGGAUGUGACCUUCGACCAUUUUGAGAUUUUGCGAGCUAUUGGGAAGGGCAGCUUUGGAAAAGUCUGUGUGGUGCAAAAGACUGACACCAAGAAGAUGUAUGCCAUGAAAUACAUGAACAAACAGAAGUGUGUGGAGCGUAAUGAAGUGAGAAAUGUUUUCAAGGAGCUGCAGAUUAUGCAGGGCCUGGAACACCCAUUCCUGGUUAAUCUAUGGUACUCAUUCCAGGAUGAGGAGGAUAUGUUCAUGGUGGUCGACCUGCUGCUUGGAGGGGACCUGCGCUACCAUCUCCAACAAAACGUGCGGUUCCAAGAGGGAACUGUGAGACUCUUCAUCUGUGAGCUGGUGCUGGCCCUUGACUACUUGCAGAGCAGGCACAUCAUCCACAGAGAUAUCAAGCCCGACAACAUUUUACUGGAUGAGCAGGGACACGUGCACGUCACUGAUUUCAAUAUCGCCACAAUGCUGACCAAGGACAGCCCUGUCACCACCAUCGCUGGCACGAAGCCCUACAUGGCACCUGAAAUGUUUAGCUCCACAAAACCCACCAGCUACUCCUUCGCCGUGGACUGGUGGUCACUGGGAGUCACUGCCUACGAGCUGCUCAGAAGCCGGAGGCCGUACCACAUUCGGGCCAGCAGCUCCUCAAGUGAAAUCGCGCACGUGUUGAAGACAGCUGCAGUGAUGUACCCGGCCGCGUGGUCCCUGGGCAUGGUGGAGCUGAUCAGGAAGUUGCUGGAGCCAAACCCCGAGAAACGUUUUUCUCAGCUGAAGGACAUCCAGUCCUUCCCGUAUCUGUCUGAUGUGAACUGGGAUGCUGUUCUCCAGAAAAGAAUAAUACCAGAAUUCAUUCCCAUGAAAGGCAGACUGAACUGUGACCCAGCAUUUGAACUGGAAGAAAUGAUCCUGGAAUCCAAACCUCUUCACAAAAAAAAAAAGCGCUUGGCUAAGAAGAAAGGCACAAGCAAAAGCAAUUCAUCCCAGGCCAGCCACUUCCAGAAGCACCUGGAAAUUCUCCAGAGGGACUUCAUUGUUUUCAACAGAGAAAAGGUAAGACCCCACCAUGACAACAUCCAAGAGACCAUGACAAAAACUGGAGGCCCACACAGGGAAGACAAUCAGAACAACAACCUCUGAGAACAGCUCAGACCCUGCAGGGGACUUUCUCAUGGGACUGGGGCUCACCCGCUCUUGCACCUUCACAAUGUCAGGCCAUGGACUUGUCUUCUGCUGCUGGGACCCUGCCAGUAGCCCAGGGCACAGAGGAGAGCUGGGGCAUCCACUCUCUCAGCUUUCCACCCCACAGCAUGGAGGGAGAGGCUGUGGGGGCUGCCUUGCAAUUUGCCACACUUGGUUAGAUUCAGAUCCUAUUAUCUUGCCUUUCCUGGGGGCAGAAUGGGACCACAAGACAACACAUAAGACAGUGUCCACCAUUCUGUCUUGGCUGGCAGGUGCCACAGCCCUUGGCAUCACCAUGCAGGCAACAGCAGCAGUGUGCCGAGAGCUGCGUUGUGCUGGGGGUGCCCACCAGGGCCACUGCCCUGCCGCGCCUCAGGGCUCUGCACAGGCUGGCAUUCCCGCAUGGAUGGGCUCAUGGCUGGCUGCCCCGGGGGAAGAGGUGGCUCCCACAUGCAGAGCUUUCACCAACACGUUGUGACAAAAGUGGCCUUUGCUUACGGCUCCUUUGCGGGAGCUCCUGCAAGCAUUCUGUGAGGGUGGGCACAGGAGGCCAGAGACGAGCUCCUUCCUUAGCUGGGAGGAGGCAGCAAAAGCUUCCUGCCCAUUUAGCACUGUCUCCAUUGGCUGGCAUGGUGGGUGCUCAGUGUGCAGACAGAUGUGGACACCAAGCAUAACAACCAGGUGCUGGUGAGUCCAGAUGCUUUACUAGUCAAGCCUGAAAAAUACAUUCACCACCAUAUUAAACUGCUGCAGCUCACUGAAUCGGAGGGGGUUUGGCUUCCAAAACCAGAGGGGAAUUUGAAUGUGUAUUUUGAAUCUCUCUGCCACUGAAAUCACACUUGAUUUAAGCAGGGACUGUCUUCAGGAAUAACUGCACUGCUGGUGUGGUCUUGCCAAGACUGAGAUUGGCCAAAGCAUUGCUACUGCGGUAAUGCUGAGAAUGAUACUAUAAUUUAAAUGCUUUGACAGGCCUGAAGUUUCACCUCCUUAUUUGACAUUUUUCCCAUUCUUAGCAAUGUAGUGAAUGCAUGAUGAACUCUUUGCCUCCCAUUAACCCAGAGGUAAGCGCCCUCUCUGUCCCAUGUGUCUCUGCAGUGGUUGGCAGCGGGAGUCCCAGCAUCGAGCAGUGCAGUUUGUGCCUAAAAUCAAGCUGUAGUUUGGUGUCUUCCAUGUUCUGGCCCUUCCUGCAGCAGUGGGGGCGGGUGUCCCACUGCUGGCUGCUCCCCAGCUGGCUGCCAGCCCUGCAGGGCUCCUCCCAGGGUGCCGGGGCGAGGGGAAGGGGCUGGCACCAUGGCUGCAGCAUGUUCCCUUCUCCAUGUGCUGCAGCCUCGCCACCUGUGCGCACAGCCACCAGGAAAGGCCACCCUGUUCCACCCAGGGAGCUGUAAAGAUGGAGCAGAAUUAGUUCAUCAGUAGGUGGGUAUUGGUGUCUUCAAUGAGUGUCACUGUCAUGGGAAAGUCACCUUUUCCUGCUCAGUCACAACACUCCUUUCCCUGCUCCAUCAGAUGGUGCCCCAAUUAAUGGCACAGUGUGCUUGCUCUCCCCUUCCCCUGCCAUGCUGGCUUUCAAGCAAUAGGACUUUGAGUGGGGUGGGGACUCCACGCCUCUCUGCCUUUGACUUAUCAUUCCCAGGAAGGCUACCCAAAGCACCUCCUGCAUUCUCCAUUGGUCCUCUGCUCUCUGCCCAGUCUGCCGUGCUGACAGCUGUCCCUGGCUCCUGCACAGCACAUCGCUACCAUUGCCUUGCUCUGGUGCAGGUAGAUGUUCAGAUACCAUAAGUGUAUUUAUCUGGAAUACCAGCUCUGCUCCUCACUAGGGAAAAAUCUGCUGUUGCAGAAAUACCUCUCCACUGGCUGGCCAGAAAAGCCCCAAAACAACUCAAGUACUUAAAUGGAAAGAACAUUGCAUAUUUAAAAAUUCCCCAAAAAUUUCUACAACCAUCUCUCCAUUCCUCUGUAAUAGAGGCACAAUCUCAGCUUAAUCUCUACCAGGCAACAGGAAAAAGCCUUAAUUUAUUGAUGGAAGAACUUCACAAAGCUUGUAAGGACAGCCUUCCUCACUCUGGCACAACUUAAGGACUGUGGCAGGGACAGCUUGUCCUGCCCGAGUUGCAGACAUGCAAAAAUAAGUAUUUCAAGGUCAAAUACUAAAGAACAGGGAGAAAAGUGUAUUUGUUUAGCAUACCUGAAAUUGACCCUUAAUUUUUAUAAUCUUUAAAAAACAAUCACUUUUUUUUGCAUGCUUUGCAAGCUUUAAAGGGCAGCACCCAUCAGUCUAACAGACAAUGCCUGAUGGAAGGGGAACAUUUCACUGACAGGCAUCCACAGAAAACAGCCUCCAAGGCUGUCCAGCCAGGAUGAUCUCAAAGCUGUGCCCAGGCAGCGCCAUGUGGAGCCAGUCCCUGUCAACACACAGAAGACAGGCACAGUUCUUGCCAGGCAGUCACAGCCCAUGGGGGCCAGGCCAGGCUCAGACAGAGACUGCAUGGACAAACUGAACAGGCUUUUACAAACACUUGCAUUGUGCUGUUUUGGCAGUACCUUUACCUGAGAAGCUACACCAACACCCUGACAUGUAGCAGUGAGCACUGCAUGGUGUUGCCCUGCCAGGCUGUUGCUGCAGCCCCCUCCAGCCCCAACA